UCAAGAGAAAAUUGCAAAUCUUUGCUGUUUUUCCUCAAAGUACAGCUAGAAAAUAAUUCGGUAAACAUGUUUUAUUACCCAAACGUCCUCCAGCGUCAUUCUGGGUGUUUUUCAACAAUUUGGCUAGCAGCUACAAGAGGUAUCAAGGUGACUAGAAGAGAGCUUCUCAAAGUCAAUGUCAGGCGAACAUGUGGGGACAUUUUGGACUAUGUGACCGCUCAGGUGCCCGCACCACAACCCAACAUGCCAAGGCCUCGGUUCUCUCUCUACCUGUCAUCUCAGCUGCAGUAUGGAGUUGUUGUUGUGUACCACAGGCAGUGUGGCUUCCUGCUCGAGGAGGUUCAGCAGACCAUGGACCGCCUGCUGCGCUCUAAAAGAUGCAUACAUAUCGACAUGGAUGAGUCUGACAGGCUGGCCUUGGAUGUACCUGACAACCUCUACAUCAUGGAGGAGGCAGAGGGGGCUCAGGACCCUUUCUUUGGGCUUAUGGAGUUAAACCAACUGCCCAGCCCCUACAACAUACACCAGCCAGUGUUGGUGAUUGAAGAGGCAGGUCCACAGCAUUCCCCGAUGCCCAGUCUUCAUACCACACCAGACAAAAGUGGUUUCAGGGCACCUCCAGCUGCCAUCACCCUGACAGAGAAGGAGCAGUUGCCCAUUCCCACUGCUGAGUAUUUUGUAGGAGAUGACUUUCCAGAAGUCACAGCCAGAGAGAUCGACUUGUUGAUGGAUCAACCGGAACAUUUCAGAGAAGAAGUGGAGGGGCAGCAUCCUGAGGAAAGGAUCAGGGAUCAUGAAGGAGCCAUGUCCACGAUUGAUCAGCUUAAGGAGACCGUGCUGAGACCAGAGCAGGACAGCUUGUGGCUGCUGGAGGAAGAGACAGGUCGGCGUGUGGAGGCUUCUCUGGUAGCUGCUGCCCUAGAGAUGACUCCAGUGAAGGUUCCUAUGUCAACUCCACCCUCUGGGGCAUCUGGAAACAAGAGCAACAGAUCAGCAGAAAGUCUGCAUGAAGAGGUUGUUCCUCCUCUGAGAAAGCAAGGGAAAGGUCGGAGGCGCCAGCUGAUCUUUGCUGACUCUCAGGUCCAGAUCUCAGACCGAGCAAUGAAGGAACAGAUUAGAGACCCUCUGACUGAAACACAGAACCUGACUGAUGUGCUGCUCAGCUUGCACUCCUUGGCCAAGCUUGCUGCUCCAGCCCAGCUCUUCACCGCCCCCUGUGGAUCCCUCCUCCAUAAUGACCUCCAGUCUCUAUGGAAACAGUGCGCAACACUCUCCAGCCUUCCCACAUUCAGGGAAAACAUGAGAGGGGGAGAGGAGGAAGCAGAAGAAGAAGAAGAAGAGGAGGCGAGAGUGGAGUCAGAGCAGGACAGAGAAAUACUGCGGAUGGAGAGGAAGAGGAGGCAGUCAAGCCUGAGAGAGAUAUCCAGUGAGUCAGGACUGCAGCCCGCUGAGGGCUCAUCUGCAUUAGAUGUGAUUCUGGACAUAACAAAAGAGGACAAAUCAUUGAACGACAUGAUCACUCCUGUCAGCAGAUGGUCUCCACAGGAGGAGCCCCAGCUUCAGAUGGAGCCUAUAGUGGAGGAAAACAUCGAGAUGCCUGAGGCUCAGAAUGAUGCAGACAGCAGGGACAUGCUGAGUUGGAUCUCUAGCAGUCUGCAGAAGUUUGGGGAGGUUACCUUUGACUCUCUGGUGCCCCCACAGGCAGACCGCAGUACUGCAGCACACUCCUUCUACAAACUGCUGGAGCUGCUGUCAGCGGGACAUGUGACUGUACGACAGACUGAAGCCUACGGUGUCAUCAGCAUAAACUGUGACGCUCUCAGUAUGACCGCCUGAACAUUCACAUCUGUAAACUAUAGUUCUGCAGAGCUUCAGUUAGCAGUUUUUACAGGUUAAUACGGUAGUUGUACCCAAAGACACUUGUUGUUCAGCCAGCCUGAGCUCUAACAGUCAUCAGAUCUCACCUUCAUUUUAAAUUUACUGUUAAAA